UUGCAGAAGGGACAUGAAAACUGAGAAUCCAGAUUCCCCGUCAUCUUCUUUUUAGGAGGCGGUUUUCGUUUAGACUUACGGCGACCCAUCGUUCAAAAACUGAUGCUUACGUUCUGUGAGUGGCGUGUAGUGGACAAACAGGGCAGAGAAGUACAGUGCGAGAUUAGGGUACACAACACAACUUAGGUUAGUUAGCAAGUUAGCAUUAGCGUGCCUGUUCUUUGAUGACAAAGAACGCCCCAAGAAAACCUCACCAAUCACGAUGUAGACAUAAUUGCGCAUCUCUUCAUAACAUAACUUUACUUAUACCAAAGCAACAUGAAACUAGAGAUUAUUUACCUGUGUUUGGGGAAAUACACGUUACGUUACACGGGGAAACAACUUCCACAAGACCCGCCUUUGCGAUUAAAUGAUUGGACCGGGUCCGGUAUGGUAGACGCCCAUCAUUGGCCCUCAUACACGUCAAUCACGUCGAUUAGCUUUGACGCAGGCUAGUUGGCAAUACCCGCGUGAUGGCGUCAGAGGCUCCAGAUACACGGAGGGUCCGCUGAGGUUAAAGUACAGUUAGUUCUCAACUGUUUUAGUCAUUUUGACAUUAUCUACAGUUUUACGAAAACAUCUUUUCCUAUUUUUUUAAACUGUUUUGCCAAGUCUGGAACUAAGGAUGUCAUUGAUGUGGACUGUCAAGAUGGUCAGCCUUGGAGCAGUGGCCCUCUCCCUCAGUGUGGAGCUGCUCUACAGGCUACUGUAUCGCCUCAAACCGCCAAGAACCCUGAACGAGGUUCUUUUCUUUCCCUCAGAGGUGGCCUGCGUGGAGCACAUCUUCUCCCCUGCUUCCCCUCACUCCUGCCCUUUGCCUCACGGUGUGGAGACAUCCUUCUCCCGUCUUCUCCACGUCCUCCUGUCAGCUUCGUCUUCUCUCGAUUUAUGCAUGUUUUCAUUUUCCAACAUGGACCUGGGCAGGGCUGUUGUACAACUUUACCGAAGGAGAGUAACUGUCAGAAUCCUGGUUGACAAGCAUUACUCUGCCAUCAACGGCUCCCAAAUUGGAGCCCUUCGCAAGGCGGGGAUCUGCGUGCGCAAGGUGGGCAGCUAUAUGCACAUGCAUCACAAGUUCGCAGUGGUGGACGGCAGGCUGCUCAUCACAGGCUCCCUCAACUGGACGCUGGCAGCAGUGCAGUGCAACUCGGAGAACAUCCUCAUCACAGAAGAGCCAGACCUGGUCAGGCCCUACGUGAGGGAGUUCAGUAGGUUAUGGGCAGACAACGAUCCAUCUCAGAAUGGAGCCUCAAGUAGCCAAAAGCUAACUGAUAUGGACUAGGGACUGAUGAGCUGUAGGGGAUAUUAAUACAAAACUAAACAGACUAUUCCAGUCAGCAUUUCAUAUUUAGAAGUUCUUUUACUUUGUGUUUUGAAAGAUCUGCUUGGUUAUAUCGGAGGUGUUAUGUUGAUGCGUUUUAAAGUAGGAUCCUGCUGACAGACCAGUAUUCACGCUGAAACUGUUUCAUCUUAGUGUGGUUAUGCUGCUCGUUUUCUAGUUUGGAACGGGUUGACUUUGUAUUUGAGACUCUUAUUGUUUCUGUAAUGUUGGACUUUUUUCCCUUGCGGUGUCAAAACAGCAUCCGAUCAGAUUUAUUUUAUUUAUAUAUCAUAUUUGUAUGGUAACUGUGUCUUGCUAUGACGAGCUGUCAUGUAUCGAACAGCAUAGUCCUCAGUUGGCACUUUGUUUUUGUAUAGAUCUGAGUCAAAAAAAUUAUUUUUUUAAAUGGAAGAAAACAUAUUUUCAGGUUUUAAGUGGGUGUCAUGUUGUACCAGUUGCUUUUUGAAAGAGUUUAUGUUGGAAUCAUUUAGAAAUGAUUAUCAUCAGGUUAUAUCAGGGGUUUUUGGUCAUUGUGGUUUAUUUGCUGUCACGGUAACUCGGUUCCAGUCACAAACAAACUGCUUUUGGCGUAUUAGAUGGAUCCUUAAUCACCCACAUCUACAGUUUUUCCUCAAUUGAAAUUCCCAUAGAGGCUUCACAGCACCAACAGCAGCGUUAUCAAUAGUGAACAAUGCAAUGCAUUGAUGUUGAUCUGGUGUUUACAACCAAUGCUUG